AUGGACAUGGGCUUCCCCGGCGCGGCGAACGGCGCUGCGGCGGCGGCCGCGGGGAACGGCGGCGGCGGCGGGCAGGCACCGGCGGUGCGCGAGCAGGACAGGUUGAUGCCGAUCGCGAACGUGAUCCGCAUCAUGCGCCGCGUGCUGCCGCCGCACGCCAAGAUCUCGGACGACGCCAAGGAGACGAUCCAGGAGUGCGUGUCCGAGUACAUCAGCUUCAUCACGGGGGAGGCCAACGAGCGGUGCCAGCGCGAGCAGCGCAAGACCAUCACCGCCGAGGACGUGCUCUGGGCCAUGAGCCGCCUCGGCUUCGACGACUACGUCGAGCCCCUCAGCAUCUACCUCCACCGCUUCCGCGAGUUCGAGGGCGAGGCGCGCGGCGCCGGCGCCGGCCACCAUCACCACGGGAUGCCGCCCAUGAUGCUCAAGCCCCGCGGGGCGCCGGGGCCCAUGGUGCCGCACGGCGACAUGCAGAUGCAUGCCGCCGGCAUGUACGGCGGAGGAGCCAUGCCCCCGCAUCCGCACCAUCCGUUCCACAUGCCGCCGCACCACGGCCAGUACCCGCAGUACGAGAUGUACGGCGGCGAGCAUGGGAUGGCCGCGUACUAUGGAGGGCCCUACGCUCCCGGUAACGGCGGUAAUAAUGGCGACGGGAGUGGCAGCAGCGGCAAUGGCCAUGGCGGUGAAAGCACGCCGCCGGGGGGCAACUUCGAGCACCAUCAGACGUUCGGGUACAAGUAG